AUGCAGAGGCGCGAACAUCAUGAGCCUCAGACUGACGGCCCCGUAGUGGGAGGUACCGGCAACGAUGGUGAUGCGCCGGAUAGUCGAGUCGAUGAUACGCUCGAUGGAGAUGAAGAUGUUGACAUGGGUGGGGUACCUGCCGAGGAUGACAGCAAUGAGGUUGCAGCUGCUACGGGCGUUCCGCUCGUUAGCGCUCCCUCAACAGCUACGAUCCAGAGCACUGCUCAGAGCGUUCUGCCACCUGGCGGGAGUAGGCCAGCUGAGCCGACGGAUAUGCCAAGCAGAGCUGCGCCGCUGUCCGGAGUCAGUCCUCGUGUUCUCGAUUUGUGUGCGGACGACUCAGCUUCCGCUCCAGAGAUUAAUCAGGCGGACGUGACUGUAACGGUCGACAACGAGCCUACAGCGAUAUACCGGCCUGACUUGCUAUUCCCAACUAAGGAGCUUGUGUCUCUCGCGCCAACGAUCGAGUACGAGGCCGCUCCUGUGCCGGUUAUUCUCCCUUCAUUUGUAGUGCCCGGAAUGGCAGAAGACGUUGGAGAUGAUGAGACUACGUACGGCCGAGUGAUGGGCAAGACAGUUCUCCCGCCCAGUGAUAAGCAGAGAACCUUCUCUGCUAAGAUGCUGUCGAUGUUUCGCGUCAAGCAGCUUAGCAUUAUCCAUAAUGCUUUCCACCAAAGCGCCGAAGGAAGAAGGGGAAACGCACCACCGGUGCUCAGAGAAGAGACUGUCGGCGCGUGUCAAACGAUCAAUGACACGGUGAAAGAUGAUGCCUUCGUCGAAUUCAUCGGGAAGAUUUUGUUCCGAGCCCUCACCCAGUCGCGGGUAUACCCCGACACUGGUGAGGACAAUGAAGUGAAGCACGGAGUUCCGAUAUACACUUACUUCGACUCUAGCGGCAUUAUCUCGACGGAGACUACGUUUAAUUACAUGGAGCGAGAAAUUCGUUUCUUGGACAAAGCCGCGAACGGCCAGAGAACCCUCGAAAGAACUACGAUAUAUGAUGAAAACGAGGAACCUGACCGAGUGGUGGUCGAGGCGAUCCGUGAGAUCGCCAGGCGGGACCAUUGCAUACGAUUCGAAUUCUUCCAUGCAGGAAUUAGCAGUGAUGGCAUUCCCAAUUUCGUGGGAGUGCGUGCGAUUUAUGGCUUCGGAAUGAAUAGCUUCUCCAGCUUUCGAAAGUUCAUGAAGUCAGCCGAUUCUCCGUUCACUCCGAUUGCUGCAGACUCCUACGAUGCCAACAAUAGGCACAUGAAUGCGUGCGAUCGGAAUCAUCCAUCAUACGGAUGGCUCUAUGUGUCGAUGAGGGAGUUCAUGGGUCACAUGACCGAUGACAAAAUUAUCCCAUCGAAAGGGUCGCUGUUCACAACGCUCCUUCCGUUCUCGCCUGCAUCAGAUAAGGGAAACGCCUGGACUGAAGCCUUCAUGAAAUCCAGGCGAAAGCCUCGUCGUGAGACUCUCAGCGAUGAUGCAUUGGGCGUCACUGCCAUGAAGGAGGGAGCCUCAUCCAAUCGGAUGGUUGCUUGCGCUAUCGAUCUUCACAUUUGCGCACGAUUUCUCAACCGGAUAUACUAUCACGGAGCUGGAUACUACGCAAUCAAAGACAAUAUCCCGAUCGCGUGCAUGGCACUCGCUUUCUUUACCGACACAGGCUCGAUCUUCUUCAACAGCCCAUUCAAAUACAUUGGCGGUCCAGGGUUCGGCACUGGGCCCGGGGCCAGGGACAAUUACGAUCGCGAUAAGAUGCCGAUGCAGAAAGGUCUCUGUCCCACAUGUGGUGGCGAAUAUGUGACUGAGUGGAUGCUCGAUGCGCUCCAGAACUACAACGAUGGUAAGUUCGAGAUUCUGUCAUUGGGAACCCUCAAACCUUAUCGCAAUCUUCCGGCGUCGAGAUCACUUGCCGAAGAGCAUCGGAAAACGGCUUUCUUCGGAGUGCCUCCGAUCAAGUGCACUCUUCAUGAUAUGCCUCAUGCCAAGAUGGAGGUGUUUCGAAAGAAUGUACGAGGUGCAAUGCAAGGCGCGAUUCGCCUCGACAUAUCGAUAGAAAGGCUGGUGGCGGGCAUUACCGGCAAACACUCGGACAUGACCGUGGAAUACUUCUUUGAGACUGACCGUAGAGCUGAUGCGAUUACAAAGCAUUACGGAUCAUUGUAUCCCAAUUGCCGUGAGAAGCCGCUCGCUUACUAUGCCCAAUGGUCUAGCCACUGCCGAGAGGCGUACCGCGUGUGCCUGGCCAGAAAGUGGUUAUAUCCCAGUUCCGUGCCGACCGGACAAGAUGUGGAGCCGGUGGACGAGAAAUGGAUGAGCUGCCUGAAGGAGGCACACAAGGCAAUGGAUUACCCCAUCAAUCAGAUGCGUGCUCCGAUGAAGUAUGGGCACGAGGUAUCGACAUUGCAGUUCUUCCGGGACGCUAUCCGAAAUGAGGAUAAGUUCCAUCGAUUUCUUCGUGUCGACUCCGAGACAUUGUCGAUGCACCUGGCCAAAAUCACAUCGAUCACCUCUUACGACAUUCCCAGUAAAGGUGAGCCGGGGUACAUCGCUGAGGCUGACAACGCUGAACUUGACGCUCAGGCGGACGACAUUCAGAGGAAGCCGUGGAAAGAACUGGGACCCGCUGGGUUUCGCGCCCGUCAAAUUCCCAGGUGA